AGUAACUUUUUUGUGUAUGUUACAUGAAGUAUAGCAUGGAUUAAUAUCAGUAUGGCGUCCGAAUUGACUUUGCUUACAGAUGAAGAAUUACGAACGAAAUUACGCCUUUUCAAUCUGUGUGACGGCCCAAUAACCAAAACAACACGUAAGCUGUUUGAAUUUAAGCUUGCUAAAGCUAUGGGAUGCGAUAAAAUAUUUCAGGAAACAAUGCAAACUCAAGCUGCCAUUGAACAACCGUCAAAGAGCGAAGUAACAUCAACCUACACUGUUCCACAAAAUAACACCAUUGCGUCACACGAUCAAUAUGAAAGUACAAAUGAAACGUGUAAAGUAAACUUCCAGAAUAAAGUUCUUCCAACAUUUUAUGGAGUUUGUUUGCCUCCUGAUUCCGGUGGUAGUGAGAAUCAAACUGUCGGCAUAAAUUCCAAAAUUGCAACGGUUUUUACUGAUCGGAAUGAGGCACUUUCUUGCUUGAAAAAGAACAGCGAGGCGAGAUUUCGUGCAUUCAGUACAAAAGAAGAAGCUGAGGCUUUUGCAUCUGGACAAUUGACCACUCCUAUACGACAACUAUCUCACGAACUCUCCCCUAGCCCUGUUGAGCCUGUUUCUAAAUAUAAGGGUCCCAAGCAAAGGGAAUUGACAAUUUACCGCAAGCUUAUUGAAAAAGGUGAUGUAGAGAAUGUUUCCAAGACAAUAUAUUGUAAUCCUAGGUAUUUGAUCAGCUCAAGUGACACACCGGUUAUCAUUCAAGAGGGAUGUCAUUACAAUAGCUUGCAUGUUGCUGCAAAGGCGGGGCAGAGAGACGUUUGUGAACUUAUUGUUGACAGCCUUAAUGAUGUUAAUUUUUGGAGGAUGUUGAAUACAUCAGAUUCAAAUGAUUUAGUGUUUGACUCACUAAAUGCCAGGAGAAAAGCGUUUGUCUUGGAUUUGUAUCUUAACACACCGGACAAAGCAGGUUGUGAAACACCAUUACAUUUUGCUAGCAAAUUUGGUAAAGUAGAUACAGUAAAGUUCUUGUUAUCUUGCCCUGGUGUUGAUAAGAGUUUAGUAAAUAAAGAUGGCAAAACAGCCCAACAGAUUAUUUGUACCAGAGUAUCGAAUUGUUCAAAUGAGUUGUGCUCAAAAAUUCACGAUAUGUUUGAUAACCCAGAAAACGUAUUCGUGCCAAUUUUACGCAGUGAAGACAAUUGCUCCACUCCAAAAGUCGGAACUCCGUGGUCACCAUGUUUCCAUGGUGAUCUUGAGGAAGUAGCUCGUCAAGAUACUUUUGGUGAAAUGAAGUAUAAAGUAAGCGCCUUCGCAGGGCCGAUGUCUCCUCAAGAGGCUAAGGAGUUUUGCGGUUCGUUCCGCUUACCGAAAACAACCCCGGAUAAAAUGAAAAAGUUUCGAAAUAUCAGACGAAGUGAUAGUGAGAAAGGCCUGGAACGAGUUGCGAGAAAACUAGCAAAAUCUCAAAAUGUUCCUUGGAGCGAGUACUGGACGUUUUUGGAUAGUUUUGCGGACCUUUCAACGAGCGAAGGGCUGUUGAAGCUGGAACAGUAUCUCAAAACGAACUCUGGCAAUGACGUCGAUUUUAGAACACCAGUCUCGGGGUCCCAUGCACGCAUGGGCUCGCUGCGUUCAAUUUUGAGUGGAGACGACGUGUUUGAUCGGUCAGCGGAGUACAGCCCUCCCUUUACGAAUGGCGAUGCGCAACACGAUACGAAUUCCACUCCGUAUUUGCAAAAGAGAAGCGUGCACAUCAAGAAUUUCCGCAAUCGUUUGAAUUUAAUUGACCCGGAAGAUGAAUUAAAAGCUUCAAGUGGUGAACAAGCAAAGGAAUCAAGCAGUCAGGCUAAAAGAGAUGCUUCGAUUUCGUCUCAUGAAAUACUUUUAGAAGAAAAGAGUUCUGUGCCGAAAGAAAUGAAUAGUUGCUGUUCGUUGGAAGCACUGAGUAACAGCACUGCAUCUCCGGAUAACUCCGUUUGUCGUUUGAAUUUCUCGAAUGAGAGCAUGUACUCUUUAGAUGACGUAACAUCGGAAAUAAAAAUGCUGGAUUUGAGUGAAAGUUCUGUUUCAGUAUGGGACAGUCGUGGGAGUACAAUCGUUGAUGAUGGAAAAUCACAAGAUAUUUCUGAGGAUUUUGAGGUGGAUAACAGUAAAAUGAUGGAUGGGCACCAUAGAUGUUUGUUCAUUGAAGGGCUUCAACCCACUAAAGAAGACUUGGACGUCUUUCGUGUCAUCAAAGACAUAAAAAUAGAUCCCUGUUUGUAUCCUUACACUUAUCGUUGGUGCAAAGUUGUUCGUUCAUACGCAAAGACAACACGCGAAGCUUGGCCAAGUCCUGCUUCACCAAGAUACCAACGAACGCGAAAAUAUCCAAAAACCUGGAGCUGCUGAUGAUUAAUGUAUAUUGUUUCAAUUGAUGUGUAAUUAUAGUGCUAUUUUAAACAGACGUGAUCAAUGCUUUCGAUUCGUAGUUGCAACGUCAUAUUUAUGUGGGUGUUCGAACAUUUUUGCUGCCUGCAUCGUUUUUGUUUCGUUUCGUUUCGUUUCGUUUUGUUUUGUUUUGUUUUGCUCGUUUUGAAAAAAAACUGAAUUUAUAUGACUAAGCUAAUAAGCGUUAAAUGGACACAUAUUAUCAUACGGCAUUUUACUGCGAAAUGUUACGUAUAUAUUGCUACAUAAUAUACGUAAUAUUUUGCGUAGUACUUAAAUUCCAUACCUACAAUUUUUACACCAUUGUGAUAUCAAAUUAUAUGCAUUCAUACGAAUCACCAACUA